CGCCCGUGAGAGCCUGGGGGGGAGGGAGACCUCAAACUGGCCUGGCCCCCGCGCGCGAGAGAAUUAAUCGUCCGUUGCGCGUCCUGUUUCCUAGAGUAACGCUCGGUGCUACAGUUAGUACUGCAGAGCUAUGACAAGCGGCCAGUGGCUACUUAUUAGGGCAUACCCGAUGUUAAGUGACCGCGUUGCUUUCUCGAGGAUUUUGGCAUUGUAAUUGUGUUGUUUUGUGGUGGUGGUGGUGGUUGUGAUGGUGGAUGUUUUUGCUUCUGUUCAGCUGUUUUCUGGUUUGGCUUUUCAAGUUUGAGGCUGUGCGUGUGAGUUUUCGAUUUUAUUUUGGUAUCAUACGCUGUUAUAAAAGGCCUGUUUGGAUAACUUUGACGUAGUUAUACCCGAGGACAUUGAACAUAUUUUUUUCUCGUAAAAGAUCACGACUGGACAUUCUGUUGUCCCCGAAGAGAGCAUCUUUGUUCCAGGAGAGCACUUUAUGUUGUUUUCUCUUUUGCUUUUUUUUUUGUGGUUUUUAAAAUAGACUCCUUUGUGUUGAUUAGUCGUGUGAUCUCGUGAGUGUUUCACACACAUCUCCAGACAUUGAAAUUUCCUGAGGGAUCUUAUCACAGACGCUCCAGAAACGUUCACGGAGACGCUCCCGACAUCCGACUUCCCACACAGACCCAAUCUGUACGUCUGUUGUGUAAGGAGAAGUCGGGGUUACCACAACUUCCGGCCUUGUCAAAGGUCAUGGUCGUACCAACAUGGCGGAUGACAAGGGGCAUAAGCAUGUGGCUAACGGAGGAUGUCGGGAUAUCAACAUUGCCGUGCUGGGAGCAAAAGGAGUCGGAAAAUCGGCGAUGAUCGUGAGGUUUCUAACAGGACGUUUUAUUGGGGAUUACGACUCCCAGAUGGCUAUCAGGGCAGGAAUUCAAAGAAGAUCCGGUCACAUGGGCAGACGGCUUCCUGUUGGUGUUUUCCCUCACUGACGUCAAGAGUUAUCGCGCAGUGCAGGAUCUGGUGGAGACUCUGAGGAGAGCAAGAGAAGACGUGCGGACGCCAAUCCUUGUUGCGGCCAACAAGAGCGACCUGGUGCACCUCCGUGCGGUCAGUCUGCCGGACACAGAGGCGUCAUGCCAGGACCAGGGCUGUCUCUUCGCUGAGGUGUCUGCCAGCGAAGACCCAGACUCCGUCCAAUCCGCGUUCACCACGCUGUGUCGGACGGUCCGAGCGGUCAACAAGAAGCGGGAAAAACUCUCCUGGACACUCCAGAGACCCGCCGUGGCGGCAAAGUUACAGAUCCGACAGUCUCUGCGGAACCUGGCAGAGAAAAAGUGGCGGUCUCGAACCUCAACUUUUUGAGUGCUAGCCGCCGUGGACAGUUAGGCAAUGUUAUGGAACUGUUGUGGAAAAUCGCUACUUUAGAAUUUCAAAGUUUUAUUUCUUCAAUAUCUAGUUUUUAGAAAGUUGACGUCAAAAUUUUAGUUUCGCAUGUCAAGCUUUUUCGAAAGUAAAUCAAUGAGUACCUUGAUAACGACUCCGAAUAAUCUUACAAUUUUGAUAGAGCUGAAAGAAACUUGGUUUCUGAUCUCAAGGUUUGAUGAGUCAAGUGACUCAAAACGGCCAAAAUUGUCAGAUAAAACUUUGUAAUUCUGAAGUAUGGAGGUGUUUUCACAAAGGGUUAUGGCUGUGGUGUUGUGAGCCGUGGGUGUUUUGAUGAAGGUGUUUAUCAAUGGCAGAAAUGAUGAGUUGUUUUGUGUAUACAUAUAAUAUUACCUUUCCACUUUUUACAUGUAAUAUUUGAAAUUAUGUUAUAUUUGAUAAAGUCUUUGCUGAAAAUCUUCUUUUUGCGGUAUGAAAGAAGAUGCGUUGUUGAGCUAUGGGGUAACGAAAAUUAUCGCGAUUCAGGUAAAGAGAGAGAGAGAGAGAGAGAGAGAGAGAGAGAGAGAGAAGGGUGGGGGGUGGAGGGGGAGGAGGAGCGGGAGAAGAGCAUUAAAGAAUGGGUGAACGAAGGAAUAUGGGAAGAAGGGAACAGAGAGAAGAACAACAGCAAGAACAAGACCAAAAACAUGAUGAAAAAGAAAA